ACUCACAGAGUUAAAUGCAGAGUGCACAGAGAUUUCAGGCUCAUUGUUAUUGAAGAGAAGGACAUUGUGUACAAGCAGUUUCCCAUUCCAUUGAUCAACAGAUUGGAGAAACAUUAUCUUGACCUCAAUACUGUACUAAAGAGUGAGCAAAAGGACCUUGUUCAGAAGCUUGAACAGUGGGUUCAAAGCUUCAUUUCUGCUAGAGGCAAGCACUCAAUUGCUCCCCAAGCACGCCGUUACCUUCCAGCUGAUGCUUUCAUUGGCUACCACUCGGACACUUGUGCAUCUGUUGUGCUACAAGUUACAGAGCAGCUCAAAGACCAGGAGCUCUCAGAUCCUAGAAAAGUGAUCUUAGAUGAGGCUAAAUUGAUUCUUUUAAACUGUGCAACACCAGAUGCCGUGGUUCGGCUGGACAGCACCUCCCUCUCCAAUGUAGAAAGUGACCAUUUGUCAAGGGUGUACUUUGAGGACCAGAAGCACAGUUCCCUUGCUGACUUCAUCCUUACUCACACACAGCAAGCAGGAUCUAGCCAUGCGUUUUUCACAGAGGUGACCACAUUCUCAAGGCUUCUGACCGCUGCAGAAACUGAACAGCUACAGAACGUAGUUCAAAACAUAGAGCUCCUCUCACUACAGCAGUUUGACACGGAACACUCAUUCCUCAAGAAAAUCAAGAAUUAUUUGGAAAACACCACCGGGGACAAGAUACUUGUCAUCCAAACCGAUUUUGAUGAAGGCUCCCAAAGGUUAAAUGUCAUUGCAUCUGCAAAGUAUUCAUCUAUCAAUGAAAUCAACAAAUUCAGGAAAGAGGACAAUCUAAAGGUUUUUGUGUACUUCAUAACCAAACUACCCAGAAUGGACGGUGGAACUUCCUACAUUGGAUUUAAUGGCGGGCCAUGGAAGUCAGUUCACAUUGAUGACCUCAGAAGAUCGAAAGAUAUUGUCUCUGAUAUAAAAGCCUUGCAGUGUCUGACUAUUAGCCAGCUGUUUGAAGAGAAAGCAGAUGAGCCUGAAGCUAUGGAGGUUCAGGAGAUGUACAUGGAAGAAGAAGAAAAGAUGGAGUUAGACGACAAUACUGGCUGGAAGAAUGUUUUGGACACCACAGCACUAGUGCGAAGCUGUGUUCAGAGUGCAGUGGGUAUGCUAAGAGAUCAGACAGAGGCAAGCACCCGUAGCACCAAGAGAGUAGAGAUUCUGCUAAUGCUCUUGGCUGACAACCAGACUCUACAUGCUGAAUUUCUGAAAACUUUAAAGAAGCGACUUCAUUUUCUGUUGAUGACUCAUGAUGAAAACACAAUCUCUGCCAAGAGCUGGGUCUCAAAAGAAGCACUAAAUACUGAUGCAUUACAAGAAGGUGGGACUUUUAGGCAUGCCCUGUGGAGGCGAGUUCAAGCUGUAGUAACUCCCUUUUUGGCGCAGCUUGUUUCAGUUCUUGACCGUGACUGCAAUCUAGACCUCUUGCUGGAUAGAAACUCUGAAAAAUCUUUGAAGAAACUGUGGUUGGACAUUUUUGGAGACUUCAAGUUACUAAAUGUUCCUUACACAAGAGUGGAAAGCAACUCAGAGACUAAGACAAUCUUGGUUCAGAACUACAUUGCAGUCGACAGGAACAUGGGUUGCACCUUACCUUUCAGCUGGAGGAUUAAAGAUUGUCUCGAGGAACUCUGGGUGCAUGUUUUGCAGCGAGAAGGUCACACUAUAAAACAAUUUGAAGAGUUCUUUUGGAAGACUCCUGUGGGCAGGUACAUCUCUGAAGCAACCCAAGAGACGCAGAUGGAGUUUUUCCACAGGUAUCUCCAGGAUUUCAUCUCCAUGACCAUGAAUGUAAAAUCAGAGGUUGAUCUCAAGCUCUUACGUGGAGCCCUUACUUGUUCUGUACAUGAGCUUAGAGGUGGUCAAGAAGCACAUGAGAGUGAAGUCAUUUCACUGGCCUGGGUUCAUGCUGCCUACCAUCAUUUCAAGAACCGAAUACAGAACCUCUACAGGAUGAUCAGUAUAGAGCCUCAAAUUGCUCACAUGCUAACUGAUAACAGAUGUGCCAUAGAGGGCACUGAAUUGGUGUUAGAUAUGUAUGCUGCUGUGGCCUGUAUUGAAUACCUGGAGCCCCAGACUUUAGAUGGAGAUGUUCAGAGUCUGGCCUGGCUUAGACGUGUAAAAAAGCUACUAGUGCCAAUUGAACUGGUCUGCUGUGAGGAGAGCCUACGUCACUAUGGCGAGAAAAGCAAACAGAUGGUCACCCACAUCCAACAUGGCUGGCAACGCAUUUGCUCUCUGGCCUUGUUUGUGGAGCACAUGCUGCUGGGUGUUGGAGAUGUGAGGUUGAAACUCAGGCCACUAGUCCUGGAACACACUCGACGCCUAGCACAAGUCUUAGAGCGGGGCUCGAACCUCAAAAAGAGGCAGCCGUUUGAGGCAGUGAUCACCAUACUCAAAGCCUGCAAAGAUGGAGCAUCUCAAAGCAUUUUCAGGUUUGGCAUUCAGCCUUGUCCAGUGUGCAUGGGAGACCCUCAGGACCCUUUGAGUCUGCCCUGUGACCACAUCUACUGCCUAACCUGUAUUAAACAGUGGCUGGUGCCUGGCCAGAUGCACUGCCCUCUGUGUGUACAGGAAGUGCCCGAUGGCUUUGAGCUCAAGGCGUCUGAUGAAAUACGGGAUCUUAUCAGUCAAAAUGCAUUGUUCAGAAUGCGGUGCAAUGCUUUCUUCAUUGAUCUGGUCACUACUGUGUGCUUCAAGGACAACACUCCUCCCAGCAGAAACAUCAUUCUCCACCUGUUGUCCCUCCUGAUGGUAGAGUCCUGCUCAGUUCCUCAGAUCAAAGGGCGAGACCGAAGGUUCUUGACUAAGGCCCUUUCUCCCUUUGAUGACUCUGUCGAUAAAAAUCCAGUGGUGCGUUCAGUCGUGCUGAAACUCCUGCUCAAGUACAGCUUUGAUGAUGUCAAGCAUUAUCUUCAGCAGCAUCUGACAGAAGUUGAGCAAAGCAACAUCAUUGAGGAGACUGAUAAGACCGAGCUUUAUUCCUUGUACAUAAACUGUUUGGAGGACUCUAUGUAUGAUCGGACACAGUGGCAUUCUGUGGCAGAGCAGCAGGCCUGUUUACAGGAGGAAACUUGUUUUCUGCUGGAGUUCCUUCACUCUGAAGCUGUGUCUGCACACACUGCAUCCAUAGAGCACCUGCAGUGCAUGGCCAGAGUUCGACUGUGCAUGGAUUUGGCUGCUGACCUGCUAGUCAAUAGAGUGACAAGUGCUGGUGUACAUGAUGCUCAUUCAGCUUUUAUCCGACCGUUUUUGGACAGUGUGAUUGAUCUGUGCAGCCAAAGCAGGAAUGACUGGUACAGAGUUUACCUAAUCAGAAAGAUCUGCAGUCUUCAUGGGGUUGAAUAUGUCCAGAAACUUCUGCCACAGGAGGGGUUCAAGUGGCUGUUUCCUCAGGAGAUUCUUGAGUCGAAUCAAGAUGACAGUCAAAUUGACCAGUAUCUAGCAUGUGGAAUAGACUACAAAAGUAUUCGAGAUGCAGUAGCCAAAGCCAUGCUAGAUUGCAACAUGAACGGAAUACAGGAAGCUAUUAAGAAUUGCAACUGCACACCCAUGAAGAAAGCAGUUUAUUUGCUACUGGCUUUGUUCAGAGAAGUCACCUCUCUGUAUAGAAGUGGAAACCCCAACAUGCACCCUAAACCUGAGCAAUGUGAUGGCCUUGAAGAUUUUAUCAGAAGCUCAGACAUCUUCGUCAAUAAUGAAAUGAGAGCAUUUGCUCAAGCGCUGGUGAAAAAUAAUCUGCAUGCCCUGCGUGUACAACCACAGAUAUCAGGCAGAGAAUUUGUGCUGGUAGAGGUCACAGUUCACAUGGCUGCAGUCCUGCUGUGUGGGAAUCUUUCUUUACUGCAGCCACUGCAGCGGCUGGCACUGUCCCCAAACAACAUGAUGGCUUCAUUCAUCCCAACGAUGCCUGAUGACAUGUUGGCUGUUGCCCAGCAGGCCAUGGGACAACUUAAGUGGUAUUUCUGUCCUAAUGGCCAUCCAUGCACUGUUGGUGAGUGUGGUCAACCUAUGGAGGUUGGUCGCUGUCCAGACUGUAAUGCACAAAUAGGUGGCAUCAACCACAAUCCUGUUCAAGGCUUCCAAGCCAUGCAGAUACAAGGGGACCGUACUCAGUCGGGACACAUUCUGGGUGAUGCACAGCGUCGUGAUCAACCUGACAUGCAGGACACUAAGAAUAUGUCACCUGCCCCCUUUGCUCUUCUCAGACUGCUCACACACAUGUCCAUGCUGCUGGGAGCUCAAAACAACCCACAGAGUGUCAGGCAGAUCAUCAAGCCUGCUGUGCUGGAUCCUGGCUCAUUCCUGACGGCCCAUCUUUUAAAAGACAUGGACCAGCUGAGCAGAGCUCUAGGCAAAGGACUGGAUGAUACAGUCAGUACAAUCCAUUUGAUCAUCCACAGUCUAUUGGAUCCCCAUCAGACCAGCCAGUGGCCUGUUCCUUAUGAUCCAAACCUUUCCACUAAAGGUGCAAGAAAUGGAUGGGAAAAUGCCAUGAAUACUGAUGUCAUCACACAUCAGCUAAAGGUUUUGGAACAUCAGCUAAAGGAAGUCAACACCUUCAUUAGGGAAGAUGAGCGAGUGUCUUGUAAUCCAGUGAUGAAGUUGACAUUUGGGGAACCAGGGCUUUUCCUUCACUCUCUGCCCCAGAACUCCCUCAUUCAUAAUUCAUCCAUCUGGAGCUGCAGGAAAAAGGUCUCAAUGUUGAGUCUGACCCACAUUGUGGAGCAAAACAGCGGCCGGGACACCUUGCCAGUGCUGUGGAGGUUCCUUCAGAGGGAAGCAGAGCUACGGCUGGUGCGAUUCCUUCCAGACAUCUUGGUUCUCCAGAGGGAUUUGGUAAAGAAGUUUCAAAACAUGACAGAGCUAAACUACAACACCAUUGGAGAGUUCCUACAAAAUCAGAAAGCAGCUUCACUCACUGCAUGGUAUGAAAAGCGCAUAAAAAUCUUUAUAUCAACUUGGAACCAAAUCAGAGUAUCUCUGGCUACCACAGGAGAGAUAAAGCUGCCUGACGAUUACACUCGGGAGGAUCUGGAUCUGGAGGCAGACCUACAAGUGCUGUUGCCGCAAAGAAGCGGCCUGGGCCUGUGCUCCACUGCCCUUGUCAGUUACCUCAUCACCCUGCACAACGACCUCAUCUACACUGUUGAAAGAUACACCGGAGAGGAGUCUGGUUACACGGUAAGUCCAGCAGACCUGACGGAGCUGCACGUGAUCCGUUAUGAGUAUGAGCGGGAUCUGCUGCCACUGGUGCUGUCCAACUGCCAAUAUAGGAUGGAGCGUGGGCAGGAAACCCUGGCAGAGUACGACCUGCCCAAGAUUCAGCAGCAGAUCCUCACCCGCUUUCUACAGGGCAAACCACACAUCACCCUCAAUGGUAUUCCGACACUGGUGAACAGACAGGACAGAAAUUAUGAGAUCAUAUUUAAAGAUGUUAAGGACAAAGUUCAACAAGAGUUGUUGCAGCCUUUGACAGAGUAUGACCUUGUGAAGGAGCUGCAGUCCUACAGUGAUGUUUGUGAGGCCCUGUCCACAGUCGAACUUGCCCUGGGUUUCCUUGCCAUGACAGGGGGAGAUCCACACAUGCAGCUGGGCACUUAUUUGAAGGAAGUGCUUCAGAUGACUGACAACAUGGCCCCACACGUCUUCAAGGCAUUAAGUAGGUGUAGCUUGAAACACUGUGUGGCGUUGUGGCAGCUGCUCAGCUCUCUGAAAUCUGAGACAAUGCUACGCCUGAAGAGGGACCCGUUUGUAAGCAUCAGCAAAGAGUAUAAACAUCCUUUGCAGGCAGAACACAAGAGGCUGCUCACUAGCUUUUUCACCAAGUCCAGCGCUGAUGCCUUCCUGUUGGAGAUGCAUGAGUUUCUGCUUUUGGUCCUGAAGAACCCAAAAGCCACGGACACCUUCAGGCCUGACUGGGGUCUUAAAGACACUGUUGUGUCCUACAUGGAGCGUAAAGAUCUGGACAUUCCUCCUGAGGUGGAAGAGUUCUUCCCUGAAGAGAUUCUGCUCUCACAGUACACUGAUACAUGGAAGUUCUCUGUCCUUCUCAGACAUGAAAGAAACCAAAGAUAGAUUCUAGAUUAAGUACUUCUGUUGUCUUAAUCAGUCACUUUUCAUAUCAGGGAAAACUUUUUUUUUUUGAAAACAGUGCCUUUUGUGCACCUGAGGCACAGUAUGUGGCGCAGUAUGCUACCGCCUCUUUGCUUCCUUAUAUAUAGCACUUUAUACUGUAAUAUUUAGGUACAGUCUGUCAAAGUAAUCUCGCAGUUAGUUAGCAAGUGCUAUACAACUUGUUACAAAUUAUAAAAAGUUCAAAACAAUCAUAACCUUUGCUGUAACUUUUUUCUCUCCAUUUUGUUUUGAAGUUGCUAACAAUUGUUUAACCAUUUUUUAUUUAUUUGAUUACUUCUUUCUUUAGUAUACAUACACACUCAUUUAAGAAUUUGAACUGAUUGUUGAAAUACAAACCCUUCACUUCAUGGCCCAGAUAUGGAUGCACCAUGUUGUCCAUGUUUUUGAUAGCACUUUUGGGGUUUUUUUGGGUUAGUGUGGUGUUCCAUAAAAAAUAAAAAAUAAAAUAUAUAUAUAUAUAUAUAUAUAUAUAUAUAUGCGUAUAUAAUUUUUAUUUUUUAUAUAUAUCUUACCGUUUUUCAGAGAUUUCUCAUGUCAUGUCCCAUUGCAAUUUUUUCUGCUUUUACUUUUUUAAAACCAAUGUUUCUGUUAAUCGACCUGUAUGCUGAAAAAAUGCUGUGAACAAGGUUUUCUUUUUCUGUGACUAACAUGGAUUUGAAUAAAGAGUUAUUAAAUAUGUUU